AUGCAGUUCUUCACCAGCCUCGUUGUCAUCGCCCUUGCCUUCACCGGCAUCGCCACCGCCUCCCCCGCCACCAACGUCAAGAUCAACAAGCCCACCGUUAGCAAGCCCGUCAUCAACAAGCCCGAUGUCAAGAACACCAGCCAGGAGGUGACCUGCGGCAACAACAUGACCCCCUUCUGCUGUGUGACCGACUUCAGCACCGCUGCCGGCGAUAAGAACAAGAAGAACGGCGGCAGCAAGGGCAAGGAGACCACCACCUGCUCCAAGAGCGUAGCCAGCUGCGGUGGCACCAUAGUUUGCUGCAACAGCCAGGCCUUCGGCUCCGGCAAUGCCGACCAGAGUUGCUCUGCUGGUGUCACCAUCGUCACCGAGACCAAAGACAUCAACCUCAAGGACGCCAUCUUCAUGGACCUCAAGCAGAUCUAA